CGAACAGCAGUGAAUAGAGGCAAAGAGAAGAGAAGAAAAAAAACAAUAGUUUUGACAGCCUUUUGGUUUUGUCGUAAGCUGUGCUCUUUCCAUUGCACACACAAUAAAAGAGAAAGAGAAGAAAAAAUAUAUCAAAAAUUACAAAUAUAAACGAAAUUUCUGAGAAAAAGUAAAUUCAUACGGGAAAAAUAUUGGAAUUUCAGAAAAAUCUGGUGAAUAAAUUCAAAAUUUUGUGGUGAAGUAAUUUGUGGGAAUCAAAGCAAGAGCAUUUUCAACCGAAAGUAGAAAGAAGAAUUCUGCGAAAACGAAAAAUUUCAAUCAGUGGUGAAAUUGAACGAAAGAAAAAGAAAAAAUCUUUUGCCCAAUAAAUAAUCGGUGUGUACAAAAUAAAAUUAUGUGUGUUUUCAUUGAAUACUAAAACAGAGACGAAUAAAACGAAGCGAGAAGUGUUUGUGUUGUAUUUUAAAUGGUGGCCUGUGGAAAUUUGAAUUGAACUUGAAACCAGACACAGAAUUUAAAUGUUGAAGGAGAAAAAAAUCGGCUGCUGCAAAAAUAAAAAGAGAUCUAUGAAAUACAUUUGACUUAAUUUCACAAUCAAGGAAAGUCGCGAGCUAAAGCGAACACAUAAUACAGCUAGUUUUGUCACUAUUUUUUUUUACUCCACAAAAACCGUAUCGAGUACAUUGCCGUUCUGCUUUCAUUGGUAUAGUUGUUGUUUUGUUUUUUCUUUUGUUUUUCAUUGAAGUGUGGACAUAUAACGCAACACACAUACAUACAGACAUAAAUACACCGAAAGACAAAGCCAAAGUCAGAUAACCUUUUUAUGAAUGUGGUAGUAUGUGCAUUGAAUAUUGAAUUCAAAAACAGAAAAUGAAUUAAAAACAGAAUAUAUAAAAAUACACGAACCAAAUCAAGAGACAUAUAUAAAUAUAUACAUAUAAUAUAUAUGUAUACAUAGUGAGAGGAGGUGAACGAGUGAACGUGAGUGAAAGAAAUAGAGACACGAAAAAGAGUGAGAGGAAAAGAGAACGUGUGGACGGCCAAGAAAAAGUGCCUACCAGAAACGACGGAACGGAAAUCAUUCUAAACAACCUUAGCAAAAAAAAAAACACAGAAUUUCGUCAUUUUUGCAUUUUGUUUCAAAAACGGACAGAAAUAAAGAAAAGUAAAGUAAAAACAAACCAAACCAGAAGACACAAAGAAGAAUUGUAUAGUGGAAAAGUCGCAAAAGCAGCAAAUGACCAUAUAGAAUAAACUAUAUAUAUUUGGUUGGCCGCAUAUUUUGUUUUGUUUUUGGUUGAGAAAACUUUCUAUGAGGUAACAAUAGCCUAGAAAGUAGUAGAAACGCCAAAUCGACGAGUAUAAUAUAUAAGCGAGCAGCGCGAUGACGGUGUACGUAUAACAACACCAAAUUCCUCGAAUCAAUUUGUGAUAGAAAAAAUUUGGUGGAAAAGACUGUUUCAACGGAAGCCGAUGCUAGCCAUGCAAGAUAAAUCUGGAUUGAUACAACAGCCAAGUGUAACAAAUCCAGAGAUUCGAUCGACAUUAAACCAACGCGACGCUAUAAAUUUAUUGCCAACCACACAAAUCAUUUCACCAAAUAUAGAAUUAUUGCCAUCACAGAUGACCAAAUUACAGGCAACAAUGGUUAACGAAGCGACAUGUUCCACGACAACCGUCGUUGAUAGCAUCAAUUCAAAUAAUACAACACCAAAUGCGAACAGUAUGUCAAACCCUUCGUUGAAUGAUCAAUCACGGCCACAACAGCAACAAUCGCAACAUUCAAAUAAUUCGUCACAACUUACAACCAACAUGAAUAGCAUCCCUUCAUCAACCACAACAUUAUCAGUGUCACCGACAACAGCAACAACAACACCAACACCAACACCAACACCAACGUCAACAGCAACAGACAAUGCCAUCAACAACAGUAAUAAUGCACGUACAGCCCGACGAACAGCAAACGAUUAUCGCUUUGGCAAAACCAUUGGCGAGGGAAGCUUUUCAAGUGUCUACAUUGCUCAGGAUAUUCACUCGAAAAAGGAAGUAGCAAUUAAAGUGUGCGAAAAACAGUUGAUAAUACGUGAAAAAAAGGAGCGAUAUGUGAAACGUGAACGCGAAGUAAUGCACACGCUGAGUAAUACACCGGGUUUUGUGAGCCUAUUAUGCACGUUCCAAGAUACCAGAAAUUUAUAUUUUGUCAUGACGUUGGCCAAAAAUGGUGAUCUAUUGCCGUACAUCAAUAAAGUUGGUUCAUUUGAUUUUGCAUGUACGCAAUUUUAUGCGGCCGAAUUGAUUUUGGCCAUUGAACACAUGCAUCGCAAGGGUAUCGUUCAUCGUGAUCUAAAACCCGAAAAUAUCCUAUUGGAUGAGAAUAUGCAUACGCUUAUUGCGGACUUUGGUUCGGCUCGCAUUUUAGACGAACGUAAUGGUGAAUCGGAUCUUGAAUCUCGUCGACGUACCAAUAGUUUUGUUGGUACGGCACACUAUGUAUCACCCGAAAUUCUAAAAGGUGAACAAUUAACCAAAGCAGCCGAUCUAUGGGCAUUGGGCUGUAUUAUUUAUCAAAUGAUCUCCGGUUUGCCACCGUUUCGGGCGGGCAGCGAGUAUUUGAUAUUUCAAAAGAUAUUGGAACGUGACUUAAACUUUCCCGAUGGAUUUAAUAAACUUGCAAAAGACUUAGUGCAACGCCUUAUCCAAAUUGAGCCGAUCAAACGACUUGGUGCAAAAGAUCAAAAUGACCUAUACGAAAGUAUACGACGACAUGAAUUUUUCGAUGGUAUCACAUGGGAAAAGAUACGAUUACAAACACCGCCACCAAUACAUCCAUAUUUACCGGGGCUUGAUGGCGAAGAGACUGUUGAAUAUAAAGUACCUGAACAUCUUGAACCAGGACUUGGCGAAGAGCAACUCCGAAGACUGCUUGAACUUGAAUUGGGCACAUCGAAUUCAUCCAAUCAUAGACAACAACAGCAACAACAACCAUCACCACCACCACCACAACCACCACAGCCUAAAGAAAUUGAGCAACAAACGACAACAACCUCCUCAACAACAACAACAACCGCAACAACAACAUCAUCAACAACGGCAACAACCGUGGUGACCGUUCAAAAGGACGAUAACAAAUGGCAGCAAUUCGCCGAUGGUGAAGUUAUCAUUAAACAAGGAUUUGUCAACAAGCGCAAAGGAUUGUUUGCACGCAAACGCAUGCUGUUGCUAACAACCGGACCGCGCCUCAUCUACAUUGAUCCGGUGCAAAUGGUGAAAAAAGGCGAAAUACCCAUGAGCAAAGAACUUCAAAGUGAAGCGAAAAAUUUUAAAAUAUUUUUCGUACAUACGCCAAAUCGAACAUACUAUUUGGAAGAUCCAGAGGGCUAUGCAUUGGAAUGGUGUCAGGCAAUACAGAGCAUAUGCCGUAAAUAUUUCGUUAAUUCGUCAUAAUGCAGAAUUUGAGUAACAAAAAACGAGCUAUUUAGAGAACAGAAAAAAAGUAAAUGUAUGUUUGUUGCGAAUUUGUUUUGUAAGGGAUGCUUGUCCGGUGGACACUAAACAAUUUGUAAGCAACAAAAAAAAAUUAAGUGAUAUACAUAGAUUCGGGCAUGACAUCGUCACGAAAGCUGGUCAUCAUCUUCAAUCAACCCAGUAUUCGCACAUAUUAACAUUUAUUUAAAUGAAAAACUAAACAAAAUGGCGGAAAAAAUGAUAGAAAAACUAACUGAACUUAGGCUAGAUAAAAGAAAAACACUUAGAUAGUUACGGAAUUAAAAUUUAAAACGAAAAUAGAAAAAAAAUAUUUAAAAAAAUUAAACAAAUUUAUUGGAAGCAACAAAAAAAACAACAGAAGUGAGUGGAAAUGUGUUGGGUUGAUGUGCGCGUGAAUAUAAUAAUAAUGGAAGGAGAGUGGGGGUUGAAUGAACGAAUAGUAAAAUGUGUGUGAAUUUAAAUGAAUGAAUUUGUGAUCGAUAGGAUGUAAACGUGUGAAUAUUGCGUGUGUUCAGGGAUAUUAACAUUUUUUAUUUUGAAAAGUUUAUCCCAUUUGAUUGAAACAUUUUUCGAUGAGUUUCGACGUGUUUCGAUUCGAUCAAUUUAAUGCAUAAGCAAGACAAAACAAAGCACACACACAUAAAUAUAUGAGUAGUGUGGAUAUUUAAUGAAUAAUAUAAUAUUUGAAGAAUACAACAACAACAAAUAUUGAGCAUAGAAUAUUGAUAAUUAUGUAGGUAAUCAGAACGGAGAAAAUCAAUUGACUGGAAGAAACAAUUGAGACAACAUGAAAAUUCAUACACACACAUAUACACAGCUAGCACUUUACAAACAAAAUGAGAGAAAAACCAUCCAAUAAUUUAAAUUAUUUAUUAUUUAUUUGUUAAAAAAAACAGAAGAAAUUUAAUUGUAAACAUAAAUGGAAAUAGAUGUAUGAGCAAAAGCUGUGGCAUACGCAUAAAAAAUAAGGUCUAUUGCAAGUUGCAACUUGCUAAGACGAUGGUGUUAGGUAUGAAAGGUAUGAAAUUAGUAACUAAAAUAAUUUAUUACAGGAACAACAAAACAAAGUAAAUUAAAUUCUUAAUUAUUUAAUAGAAAUUAGCCCCUUUUUUGUUAGGUAUUUCUUUUUUGUUUAUUGUUUUUUUUCCUUUUACAUUAAUUGUACGAUAUAUUUAGUUUGAGUUUUUUUUUUUAAUAUAGAAACAGGGUAAAAAAUGAAUUAAAAAAAAUAGAAGAAAAAGACUCUAACCUGUAUCGCGGGUCGUGUUUAGAUUUUUUUUGUUUGGAAAAUCGAGCGUUUGUAUAUUUUCUUUUCGCUCAGCCUCGUUCAUCUUUUGCAUAUUCAAUGUUGACAUGCAACUGAUGAAAUUUUAUUAUUUUUCGUAUACGUUUUUCUGCCUUAAAAAAAUAUUUCUUUUUCUUUAUUGCAAAGAAAAAAAUCGCAAAUCGAUUUGAGUUCGUUGCGAGUGAUUUGUUUUCUAUUUUCUGAUUAUUAUUUUUUUUUUUGAAAAUUUUUCAAUUAUAAUAGCCAAUAAAAUAUUAUUUUUCCUUUUGCCUUGUUUAUGUGGUUUUUUGGAGAUUAUCUUAACCGAAUAUAUUUAUCAUUGUAAUUAUAACGAGAGAAGAAGAAAAAAAUGUGCAUCGUGUGUGUGUGUGCAUAAAUGCGGUUUUGUGUUCGUGUUGAAAGUAAAAUAUACUAUAUAUACAUUAUAUAAUGCAGCUCCAAUUUCGUGGUAGCUCUCACACAUACACUAGAACAUAUGUAGACAAACAUACAAAUCCUGACUGAAUUCUAUUUAGUAAAUACAACAAAAUAAUUUAACAAAAAAAAUAAGAAGUGAAAAAUAUUAAUGCAGACAAAAUAAAAACAAAAAAAAUUCCAAACAAAAUGAACUCACCAGCAUUGGAUAUUAGAGGAGACUCAAAAUGUGUUUUGUGGCUCGUUUUGCACGCGUACAAAAUAAACACAAAACAUAUGAAACAAGAAUAGCUCAUAUACAUUCAGUGCUAUUAGUUCAAAUGAUAUAGCAACAACCGAGAAACCGAACCGAAAUUCGUUUUUUUUUUGUCGAUUAGUUUAAUUUUACUUUCUUCUUCAUUGUUUUAUGGUUCUAUAGCAAUAUUUGCAAUAAACAUAGACACAUAUUGUUUCGUUUUUUUGUUUUGUCUCGUUGAAAAGGCACCGAAAUAACCGAAAUGACAUCUUCAAAUAACAAAUCAAACCAAAUCAAAUAGACAAAUGAAAAUAAAAGCAAGCUAAUUGUUUUCGCCUUUUUUUUUGUUUUUCGUUUCGGAGAUAAUUAAACUGUUUAUUCAUGUGUAUAAAAAUAAACAGGUAUCCAAAUAAAACUUCUUAGUCAUUCGUCUGGGGAAUUAAUUAGCAAGUAUAUUGAAUGACAAUGGGAAUAUAGUAGACUUUUCAUAUCCAGAAUAUAUAUAUAUAUAUUAAUUGCAGAAGAGGAAGAAAAAAUGAAACAAGACGAAAGAGAGAGCCAUCAAACAAAAACACAACAAAAAAAAACAAAACAAACGCAAAAUUAUAUUUCCAUGUGGACAUUUCAUUUCUGUUUGCUUUUAAUGGAUUGAUACAGAGAGAAUGAAAAAAUAAAUAAAUGAAACAAUUCAGGUUAUUCAGGCGCAGCUUAUCUGCAUUUUGCAGGACGAGAGAAAAAAAAA